CAUCCCAGAGUUUUGGCAUCUCCACAAUGCAGCCUCAUGUUCCAUCUUCUGUUCAUCACUUCCCGAUUGAGCCCUUGCAUUCUGUGUCCAUACAAAUCGAACAAGACGCCCAACGUUGCACCUGACGCCAAGGAUAUUGUGCAUCCUUGCCGUGCAUCAUUACUUGAGCCGUAAGGUCUGCAACGUGGUGUGCAAAAUAUCGAAGUAUUGCACUUAAUCGUACCGCAGUUUCUAUGGAUCUAGUGUGGCGCUUCUCCAGGAGGCCGGGUAUAGUGUUUCCACGUGUGCCGCAUGCAGUUAUGCACAGGUCAUCGUAUGACCAAACCUUCGUGGGCAGGCCCUGUCCAGCACAAUAUAAAACGUUGUUGAUGCAAGGGAAUUCAUCCAACAUCUCGCGCAUUCAAGCCACCAUUGUGGCAUAUCCUACUAUUACGGCUCCAAAUUGGGUAGUCGCUGACAAUUUCGGAUUAUGAUAUCGUGUAAGUGUUCCGGGGACCAAGUAUCAGGGAGAAAUCUGGUCAUUUGUAUCGAUGGGACAUCAAACAAGUAUGGUGAUAAAAACACCAAUAUCGUCGAACUGUAUAGCGAGAUGGUCAAGGAUAGCAAGCAGUUAACGUACUACAACAGUGGUGUAGGAACGUAUGCCAAGGGACACACACACUGGAUGAAGCAGAUCGAGAGUGUCUUUGAUCUGGCCUUUGCGUUUCGAACUAUUAUGGGAGCCUACAGAUGGCUCAGACACAUCUUCCUGUUUGGAUUUUCGAGAGGUGCCUACCAAGUUCGUGUAUUGGCAGGAAUGAUCCACGAGGUAUCCAUCAACAUGGGACUCAUAUUACCCGGCAACAUAGAACAGAUCCCCUACGCCUACGAGCUUUACUCCGCCAUCAACAGUGGAAAGAAGAAGGAUAAGUUACUUGCGGCAGGAUUCAGGUCGACGUUCUCCAGACGCGUAGUAAUACAUUUCAUCGGUGUAUGGGACACCGUUUCAUCUGUUGGUAUCAGGAAGGAGAAGAUUUUACCAUCCACCGAUACAUGCGAUCACAUUUGCUGUUUCCGUCAGGGACUUGCGCUUGAUGAGCGCAGGGUGAAAUUCCUACCUGAGUAUGUCUAUGGAGGCACGAGCAAUCGACCCGAAUCCCAAUUGGCGCAACCUCCAAACAAUGCUGUCAAGGAUGUCAAGGAAGAUAAUGUCAAGGAGGUUUGGUUUGCUGGUAGUCAUUCGGAUAUCGGUGGUGGAAACAGGGAGAAGACGGGCAAAGCACUCAAUUUCCAAGACAUGCCUUUACUAUGGAUGCGAGAAGAAGCUUUCGAUGCAGGGCUUCUGCUCAAUCCACCCAAGAUAGCUUUCAGAUUUGAAGAUUUGAAGGAACCUAAUAUUAACGACUCGUUAACACUUCGGUGGUGGCUGCUCGAGCUAUUUCCUGUCAGACGUCUUUGCUACAACAAUUCUAACCAGCAUACAAUAGUGUAA